GGAAUGCUGCAAAGUUGGCCACAACGGUUGGAUUGAGCCAAAAUGGUACCAUAAGGGUGCAGUUUCAUGACAGUUAGUGUUGCUGCUAUUGGUUUUUGGAUAGGGAUAGUUACAAGCUUUCAAACUUGGAGGGUGGUCAAGAUAUUGAAAGGAUGGUUCGGGUGGUGUUCCUCCAUCCAGACCUUGGCAUUGGAGGAGCAGAGCGACUGGUGGUGGAUGCUGCUGUGGCUCUGAAGUCCCAGGGAUGCAGUGUUCAGAUCUGGACAGCCCAUCAUGACCCAACACACUGCUUUUCUGAGACCCUGGACCCAGAACUUCCUGUGGUAUGUGUGGGUGACUGGCUACCCACCAGUGUGUUUGGUUACCUUCAUGCUCUGUGUGCCUACCUGAGGAUGAUCUAUGUCGCCUUCUACCUGGUUUUCCUCAGCGGGUUGGAGUACGAUGUCAUCUUCUGUGAUCAAGUGUCAGCAUGUAUCCCGGUGCUGCGGCUGUCCCGUCACCGGAAGAAGGUUUUGUUUUAUUGUCAUUUCCCAGACCAACUGCUGACCCAACGGAAGUCACUCCUGAAGAAACUUUACCGUGCUCCCAUCGAUUGGCUGGAGGAACGCACCACUGGCAUGGCUGAUAUGAUUCUGGUAAACAGCCAGUUCACUGCAGGUGUCUUCAGGGAAACCUUUCAGGGUCUGAGAGAAGUCCACACAGAUGUCCUGUAUCCCUCCCUCAACACCAGAACCUUUGACCAGUCAUCCUCUGAUGCAGAGGGCCUGGAGGGUCUGCUCCCUGAGGGGAUCAACUGCCUGUUUCUCUCUCUGAACCGAUACGAGAGAAAGAAGAAUCUGGGGCUGGCUCUGGAGGCUCUCUCGGCUCUGAGAAGCAGCCUUCCUCCAGGUCCGAGGGCAGGUGUUCACCUGGUGGUGGCAGGGGGCUACGAUGACAGAGUUACUGAAAACGUUCAACAUUACACUGAACUGAAGGAGCUUGCAGCACAGCUCCACUUGGAGGACUGUGUCACCUUCCUGCGCUCCCCAUCUGACACACUGAAGGUGGCACUGCUGCGGGGCAGCGCCGCCGUGCUGUACACCCCAAGCAGAGAGCAUUUUGGGAUAGUUCCUGUGGAGGCAAUGUACUGCUGCUGCCCUGUUAUUGCUGUGAACUCUGGGGGGCCUCUGGAGAGUGUGGCUGAUGGUGAGACGGGCUUUCUUUGUGAGCCCACAGCAGAGGCCUUCUCUGAGGCAAUGGGGAGGCUGGUGGGGGAGCCACAGCUCCGCAGGGACAUGGGACAAGCUGGGAGGAGGAGAGUGCAAGAUAAAUUCUCUCUGCAGGCCUUCUCAGACCAGCUGUAUGGAUACAUCAUGAGGCUGAGCCAGUGAUGGGAAACCUGGAGGAGAGGCUGGAAAUGUUGGAAAAGUUUGCCUUGCUGAACUGUCUUUGGACGACUGCAGAGUUUGAGUGGGUUUCAUCUUUCAGAGAGAGAGAGAGAGAGAGAGAGUGAGUCUGUCUGUGCAUGGAGGCAGUGAAGGGGUUUUCUAAGGACUUAGAGGACAAUCAAUCAGCAUUCCCCUGGAGGGGUUGCUGUGAGAAAAAAAAAGGACGGAAUCUCUGUACCAAUUAAGAAAAGAGUAACAAGUUUGCCUACCCUGUCUUUGGAAAAAAUACCUCCCCUGCAAGAGUGUGUGCAAUGCUACAUGUGUAGCAGCAAAACCACAAAGAGCCCAGCAAAUGAGCGAGCCAACAGGAUUGAUUGUUAGAGUUAGAAAUAGUUUGCACUGUUUGUUUUUUUAGUCUUUGUUUCUGUGUGUUUGUGGGAUAAAGAAGAAUGUAGUUACCACUGUGUCCCAUCAGCCAUUGCACAGUCCCAGAUCGAUAAACGGGAUGCUUUCCACUGCUUCCUGUCCACACAGAGCUUUGUUCCCACUCCUUGCAUUCAGAAGAGGCUGGCCUAUCCGUGACUCCUGCAGCAGCGUGGAGGUUAUUAGCAGAUGAUAGAGCGUGUUUGGCUUUAUUAGAGGUCUGGCUGAUGGGCAGCGUGUCUUUGUCUGGGUCAUUAUCAAGCAGGAGAAUAACAGAAGGUCACUGUGUCUGCGCUGUGCUGGCCUCCUCUACCUUCCUACUGUAUAGAAAUGCUCUUAUUGACAUUCCACAAGUCUUAAUAAACAAGAGGACACAUAGUUUCCUGACUCUUAUGGGCUUUGCUUUGUGGGUAAGUUGUUUUUGGCCUUCAACAGAGUGAGCUAAGGAUUCUGUGGGUGAGCAUUCAGACAGAAACAUUGUUAAUGCUGCACCAUCUCCAUUUGCUAGCAUUCACACAGUGUUGCUGCAAAAACUUUUAUGUUUGCUCAUUAACAAAGUCAGUGUUUGAUAUGAACUCAAUCCACUUCUCUACUAUUAUUUACAGAGUUUCAGUUGUCUGAGCUCUGGUUUCAUUUUCUUCUGAAAGAGCUAAUUUUAAAAUAUGGGUAUUUAAGCUCCUGUGAGAAGUUUUUACCUGAUUAUAAAACAGACUGAUAUUUAUAUGGAUGACUAAUUAUAUCCCACAAAGCAAACAAGAACAUCAACAACAAGAUUGAUUCUUUCUACAUAGUUAUUAGUAAUGCCUAUAACUGCAUUUGGCUGCAUUGAGACCGUUUAAAGCAGUGGUUCUCUGCUGUUUUGACAUACAGACCCAUCGUCACGUCCUUGUGAAAAUUGGGACCAGUUAAAAAAAAAAAUGAAAACAAAUAAAUGUAUUUAUUGGAGAAUGAUUCAGUUUGGACCUCAGAUGGAACAAAACAUGAUAAAAAAAAACAGGAAAAAACAAAUAUGUCUGAAAUGCAUUUAGUUACAGAAGGGCAUGCAUAUACUUUAUUUGGGGCUGGGCAUCAAGGGUGCAGGGACCCUAUUGAAAUUAAAGGGAUAUUUCUUACAAUUUGUACUACUCCGUGCUUUAAAUUGCCAUUUUACAGGCCUAAUCAUACACCAAAACUCACCAAAUUUUGCAGCUUGUUAGGUCCUGUUGGUUUCAUGCAUGUUUGUCAAAAAAGGCUUUUUUUGUGCCCCUUUACAAAAUGCACUCUGAAUGAGACAAUGGCAGCCCAGUUACCUUCAAUGUCUGAUGAUUUGAAAAAAAAAAAAAAACAGCUCUCAAUAUGGAAUAAAGAUUUCUCCUCUCCAUUCUUCCUUCUGUAGGGAACCACAUAUGAAGCCAGCUGAGUUUAUUAGCUCCCGUCCCUGAAAAGAUGUUAAUCUGGGAGACUGAUCCUUUUAUUGCUUCACAAAAACAGGGCAAACAUCAGUGACAUGCAUUCAACAAUACACACCUGUCAACAUGUCAUGGGACAAAAUGCUUCUCUGGUUUCCAAACAUGUCUGCUGAUUAUAUGAGCUGAGAUAAGCACAUGGACUAAAGUGCAUUAAGUAUUAAAUCAAUGUAAGGAGAAGUUUAUCGUUUCAAUGACUUAAAUGGACACAGAGCCUUUAAUAUAAAGGUCCGAAGCCAUCAGACAGCCUCAUAUAAUACUCACUUCUAUCAGGUUCAAACACUAUGAGGCAUCAAAAUAAAAUAAUUUGCUAUUGUUUUUGUUUACAUAGUGAUGAUGUGCAUUGAGUUUUCAAUCCCUACCUCACACAUUGAUUGUAACAUUUCUUGAGUCAAUCUGAAAAGCUGAAACGCAUAUAUUUAUACCAACAGUGACACCACCUUAGUUUCAGAAAGGAAAAUGAUUGUCCCUAUAGGUCCAAUUAGUUCAGGUGGAUUUAUUUAAAAUAGAUAUCAUGUGAUGGAUUUAUGUGAGGGAUCUUCUUAUUUUUGCUACAUGUAAAUGAAAAUAAAAGCCUGAUAGUCGGGAUGUGUAGGAAACCCCAGUUUCCAACUUUGGCAUGUGUUGCAUUGGUUUACCCGUCACUUCUUAUGUCUUCAUUUAGAGACUGGUUCAUAUUAAUAUUAAUAUGAAUCCAUAAUAUAUGAUAUUUAAAAUGAAAUUUGUCAUGUCAGUCUUAAGAUACUUUAAAAAACUGCUUUGCAAGGUCAUCAAAACAAAAAACAACAUGAGAACACCCAGAGCAGUAGAUCAAGAUACAUAAAAUAAAAAUCUUAAAGGCAAGCAAGAUAAAAUGAUCUCAAAAUCUCUGAAGAUAAAUAGACUAAAGUUUGUUGCAGAUUUUCAUCUCUGGCUCAUAAAAUAGACUGCUUUGUCAAAUAUGGUCUUUCCCAUAUUAUCAUAUGCAUUAUUAUUAUUAUUAAGUAAUUUU